CCGCGAAUUGUUGCUGCUGCUGCUGCCAUUGCAUAUCAGAGCUUCAAAGCACUACUCCUAAUACACUUCGCUAUGGCUAUGCCCAUCACCACUAUCGCCGAGACCAAGGAGCUCCGUGGGCUCAACCUCAUCGCUGCGCAUUCGCACAUUCGCGGGCUCGGCGUCGACGAUGACACGCUCGAGCCAAAGGUCUCGUCGCAGGGCCUAGUCGGGCAGGCAAAAGCUCGCAAGGCGGCGGCUGUCAUUCUCAAGAUGGCGCGAGACGGCAAGAUUGCAGGUCGCGCAGUCCUGAUUGCCGGUCCUCCAAGCACAGGCAAGACGGCCAUUGCCAUGGGUAUGGCGCAAUCCCUCGGCCCCGACGUGCCCUUUACGAUGCUGGCCUCGUCUGAGAUCUUUUCGCUCGAAAUGUCAAAGACGGAGGCUCUCACACAAGCCUUCCGCAAGUCGAUUGGCGUCCGAAUAACUGAGGAGAGCGAGGUCAUCGAGGGCGAGGUUGUCGAGAUACAGAUUGACCGCAGCGUCACGGGGAGCAACAAGCAGGGCAAACUGACCAUCAAGACGACCGACAUGGAGACUGUCUACGACAUGGGCACCAAGAUGAUCGACGGCAUGACCAAGGAAAAGGUUAUGGCCGGCGACAUCAUCUCCAUCGACAAGGCCUCGGGCAAGAUCACCAAGCUCGGCCGCUCCUACACACGCUCGCGAGACUACGAUGCAAUGGGAGUUGACACAAAGUUUGUCCAGUGCCCCGAAGGUGAGCUGCAGCAGCGGCGCGAGGUGGUGCACACAGUCAGCCUGCACGAGAUCGAUGUCAUCAACUCGAGGACCCAGGGCUUCCUGGCUCUCUUCUCAGGCGACACGGGCGAGAUCCGCAGCGAGGUGCGCGACCAAAUCAACACAAAGGUGGCUGAGUGGAAAGAGGAGGGCAAGGCAAUCAUUGUGCCAGGUGUGUUAUUCAUCGACGAAGUCCACAUGCUCGACAUUGAGUGUUUCUCGUUUGUCAACCGUGCACUUGAGGACGAGCUAGCACCCAUUGUCAUCAUGGCUAGCAACAGAGGAAACACACAGAUACGCGGAACAGACUACCGGUCGCCGCACGGACUGCCGCUGGACUUUUUAGAUCGCGUCGUCAUUGUCAAUACGCACCCAUAUUCGUCGGAAGAGAUGCAGCAAAUCAUCUCGAUAAGAGCACAGGAAGAGGAGGUUGAUGUGUCUCCGGAUGCGCUAACAUUGCUUACCAAGAUCGGCCAGGAGGCUGGGUUACGGUACGCCAGCAACCUGAUCACCACUUCUGACCUGAUACGCGGCAAGAGGAACGGUUCCGAGGUUACAAUUGAGGAUGUUCAGCGGAGCUUUGCGCUUUUCUACGACCCCAACCGAAGCGUCAAGUUUGUUUCCGAGUCGGAGAAGCGUCUGAUUGGCGAUGCGGGCGAUGUAUCUUUUGCCGUGGCCAACGGCACGGAGGCCAUGGAUGUUUCAUAGAUGACGACCCUUUUUGUUUCCUCUUUGAUUUGUGGCGUACUAUGGUCUUGGACGAAUCCAGCGUUUGGGCGUGAGGCUGAGAAAGCCCAUGUACUUGGUAGAGCAAAAAAGCAUGGCAUGCACGUAGUAAUAGAGGCUGUCCUAUCUGUGGCGACAGAACAGUUACCGUUGUCAAGUAGGUCUGAUAUGCAGUUGCCGUGGCAACAGUUGCUGAAAUGUGUGAUAGGGUAUCUUGGUGCUUGGAAAAAAGGAAUCGUUGCUGUAUGUGUUUGAAGAAUGACCUGGCCAACUCCAUGCAUGUAACCAACAUUUGUGCCGCCAAGAGCAUUGGCGUAGAGGAAAAAGUGGCUCCCAUUGCUGCC